UGACAGGCACCUCGGAGACGAGGGAAGCAGCAUUCAUUAUCCGGUGACAUUUCGCAGGCGGCUUUCUACCUCUGCCUCCCCUGAGAAGCAAUCACAGGAUGUGUCUGAUCUUCCUGUUACCCGCCUCCCGGGCCGGCCACCCCAGCUCCUUUCAUCCCUGCGAUUGAAGCCGAAGCCGGCGGCCUCCGUCUCUAAGAUCUGCCCUGGGCGACACCGUGGUCUCUGGGGAGACCCCCACGGCUUUCUUCCUCCCUUCAGAGAGCCGCUGGGGCGCUUCCCUGCAUGGGGGUCAUUGGAGGGAGGGCUUGAAGGGACAGUUCAUCAAGGCACCACCUAGUUCCUGGUCCCUGCUGUGUGCUGGACAGGCCCUGGGGACACAGCGGUGACCAGACAGAAAAUCCCUACUUCUGGACCUAACAUGUUUGCGCGGAAUUACAGAUACUAAUUAGGUAGGAAGGUGAUUGUGUGUGUGUGUGUGUAUAUGUUUGUUUGUUUAUUUAUUUAUUUAUUUAUUUAUUUUUCUUUGGUUCGAUGGAGACACGCUGUGGCCUGGGACUGCCAUGCCCCCUGCCCCCGGGAGAAUGCCCGCCUCAAGGGCACGAAGCCCCCAGCAGAGGGAGGAGAUGGACAGACGUGGCCAGAGCUCUGACGGUGACGCACUCGGAGCUACAGCCCGUUCCCUGCAUCUCAGUCGCCGCAUCCAUCCAUCCUAGGGGAGGCAGGGAGCGGAGUGGAGACCUCGGUCUUCCCGGCCUGCGGGGAGCUGCGGGGAGAAGAGGCGCGUCAGGUGGGAGCGAGGAGGGGACGGCUGGCCCUGGGUCCUCGACGGAAGCUUCAAGACACAUCUGGAAGCCACCCCUGCUCAGCACCCGCCUCCUCCUCUUGGGCCCCGUGGCGAGCGGCGUGGAGACACAGCCCCGUGGGUCCCGCUGGGAGGAAAGAGGACACUGGCUGGGAGUCAGACGGCACCUGGAGAGGACGCGUGCCCUAAAGGCGCAGCUCAUGCCCGGCUGACUCUCCCCGGCUUCACACCUGCAUCGGUUUCCAGGUCCUGCGGGGUCUGCCUGCGGGAUGUCCUCUCUCCCACCCUCCUCUCCUCUCACCUGGAUUGCGGCCAUGGCUCCCCACGUGGUUACCAGGUGCUCCUGCUCACAGCCAGGUGGAUCCAGUUGCCCCGGCAUAGCCUCUAGUGGCGACUCCCCAGCCAGAUCGACACCCCCUCCCCACGCCCGGCCUGGAACUGUGUGCACCCCUUUCCCUCCAAUGCUGUGGUGGGCCCCGGCCUCAUCUAGUCUCCGCAGCCAAUUCUGGGGUCCAUGGCCACGCACGGUAUCCUUGUGGGGGCUGGAGAGGAGGAACCCUGCUCCAUGGGGCGGUCACCCUCCCACAGUGCCCCCGCCCUCCCACACUGUCCUUUCCUGCACAGGCAGCCGGGGCUGGGGAGGCAAGGCCGGUAUUAAAUGUUGACACUGAACAACAAGAUGCUGAAUGGCAGCCUCUCCUUUUUGCAAGCACCCCGAGUCUUGAGUUAUUGCCUCGGGCUCACCUCCCUAAAGAACCUCCCCACGGCUAGGUUCCAGGAUGCAGUGCGCUGUGUGCCCUGGGGAAAGUUACUUAACCUCUCUGGGCCUCAAUUCCCUCGUCUGGAAAGCUGGGAUAAUCACCCUGUCCACAGAGUGACCUGGGCAAGGGUUCUGAUCCCGUGUCA